GUUCCGAUGGACAUUCAGUCUCCAGUAGUCCUAGGUGGGGGCAACCCCAGGCUUAAUUUUUGUGUUCAGAAAAGAGAGAGUGUUCGGCUUUAAUUUUUGUGUUUCGCAGAAGCCACCCCCUUCGCUCUAAUUUCAGAGGGAGAUGGCGGCUUGCUGGUGGUGGUCUCUCGUCUUGACUCCAGGCUCCAGCAGCGUGUGAUUUGCUCCGUUUCUCUUCUCGCGGUCGCAGCCUCUUCUCUUCCCCUCCGCCUCUGCUAUCAUAAAUAGCGCCGGCGCGUUACAGCUGCAUCGCGCGUGCUAACGACUGCUCUCCGCAUUUCCAAGAACAGCCGCCCGCCAAGGGAUCCUCCGAGAUUUCUUAGCCGCGGUUGCUGCCUGCCGUACGUAGCGCGGCUUGUGUGAAUAAGUGAAUCGAACGACCGGAGGAGUUGGGCCGACGAGAGAUGCAGAGCAUGGCGGCCACGGCGGCGCCGGCGGCGUCCUCUUCGUACUCCGCCUCUAAAGGCUGGGCGGCGUUGCGCCGGUGCCCUUCUCCUUCCCUGGCCGCGCGGCAUGUCGCGUUCUCUUCUUCUUCUUCUUCCGCGCGCUGCACGGUCGCCGCCGCCGGCGCGCCCGUGCUGCCGCUCGGCAUUCGGGGGAGCUGCCUGCUGCUCCAAUCCCCCCUGCUCACAGACGGCGGCAAGAACGGCGCUGCGACGAGAAGGACGGUGGCGGCGGAGGCGGCGGCCGUGGCUUCCCCGUCGGCGGAGGGAGACGGGGAGCCGGAGGCCGCAGGCAUUCCCCGGACGGUGAAGCUCGGUGCUAUGAUCCUCGUCUGGUACCUCCUCAACAUCUACUUCAACAUUUACAACAAGCUGGUUCUCAAAGCAGUGCCCUUCCCUUACACCAUCACCACCUUCCAGUUCGCAUCCGGCUCCUUCUUCAUCACUCUCAUGUGGCUGCUAAAUCUGCAUCCCAAGCCAAGGCUCUCCCUUCAACAGUAUGCAAAGAUCCUGAUUCUGGCCUUGAUACAUAUGAUGGGCAAUGUCUUCACCAACAUGAGUUUGGGCAAGGUUGCUGUCUCGUUUACGCACACAAUCAAGGCCAUGGAACCCUUCUUCUCUGUCCUGCUCUCGGUGUUGUUCCUCGGGGAGACACCUCCUUUGCCGGUGUUAGGUUCUCUUGUGCCGGUUGUUGGUGGAGUCGUACUGGCAUCUAUGACUGAAGUUUCUUUUAACUGGAUAGGAUUUUGGAGUGCCAUGGCUUCCAAUGUUACAAAUCAAUCACGGAAUGUUUUCAGCAAAAAACUUCUUGCCGACAAAGAGGAAACAUUGGACGACAUAAACCUCUUUUCAAUUAUGACUGUCAUGUCAUUUUUGUUGUCGAUUCCAUUGAUGCUAUAUGUAGAUGGCAUCAAGUUUAGCCCUGCAUACCUACAGAGCACUGGAAUUAAUCUUCAAGAUCUAUGCCUGAAAGCAGCAAUUGCUGGCACUUGUUUCCACUUUUACCAACAGGUUUCAUAUAGUUUAUUGGCUAGAAUAUCACCUGUGACCCAUUCUGUUGCGAACUCUGUCAAACGAGUGGUGGUCAUCGUAUCGUCUGUUCUCUUCUUCAGAACUCCAAUUUCACCUAUAAAUGCCUUUGGAACUGGUUUGGCUCUACUUGGAGUUUUCCUGUACUCAAGAUUCAAGAAGGCAAAACCAAAGGUGAAGGCUGCAUAAAGAUAACUUAUACAGAAACAAUUAACUACAGAAGGAUCAGGAUCUAGCUGUCAAUUCAUGAGGGGAAAUGGACUGCUUUCACUGGUAGCAUACACUUGGCUUUUCCCCAAUUUGUCUCCACCAUGUUCUCUCAUCUUCUUAUUUGGCUGUUACUACCUUGUAUAGAAGAUUUUUCUGAAGGUUGUGGUGGACCAACACAGUAAUAUCACUGUCAAAACUUUUCAAGAGAACAAGAAUUUUGGCAUAUACUUUUGAAAGUUCCAAACUUUCCAAUCCAUAAUAUUGGCCCUUUUCACUUA